GAUGAACACAUGAAUUUCACUAAGUCCACGGAAUAAUUUAAGAAAGAGAGGCAGUGGAGUUCAAGUGUUUAUCACAGGCCCGUACAAGAACCUAAUCCAAACUUUGGACCUGGGGUCUUAAGGUUAUUGUUUCCUUUAGAAUAGAAGAGUUAAACUCAAAGCAAAGUAUAACAAAAUUAAUGUACAUAUAGUAACUUUUUAGGGUAUCAUUUUGUAAGAAAGAACAAAAGAGAGAAAGAACAAGAGGGAUUUCUUCUCAUUUCUUCUAUCCUUCACAACCAUGGAAGAGACCAACCCCAACCAGAGUAGCAUAGGAUCUAAAACUUCCUCCAGAAACCAAAUGGAAAUAGAUUUGAAUCUGCCUCUACCAUGCUCAGAUUUCCAUGAUUCCAAUGAUUCUGAUUGUGUAGAAGUUAUUCCAAUAUAUGAUGAUGCUUGCAAGCCAAACCAGAGUAGCUUAGGAUCUCAAAAUGCCUCUAGGAAUGAAGUUGGAAUAGAUUUGAAUCUUCCUCCACCAUGCUCAGAUUUCCAUGAUUCCAAUGAUGUAGUAGAGGGUGUUCCAAUUUAUGUUGUUUCCUCCAUACCAACCCUAAUGCAAAACUAUCACAGUUUCAGGCGAAGUGGUACUCCUUCCAAGUUCAUGUUCUACAAGAAUGGUUCCUGGAUUGAUUUCUCAGAUGAUGUAUUCAAAAUAUUGAAGUCGAGUUUCUCCAAAGGAAAUUCGAUAGUAGAAGUCCAGAUUGCAGGUGCAUGCUACCUCUUUGAUUUCUUUCAAAUGUUGCAAGUGGAUCUGCUAACUGGAGAUGUAAGGCCAAUUUCAUGGAUUGAUAUUGAAGGUAAACAUUUCUUUCCCAGAGAGAGUAUUGGUGAAGAAACUCAUAGUUUUCCAGAGGUUAUUAACAUCUCUUCUAAGGUGGAGACAGAAACAAGAGCCAUACAAAACUAUACUAAAAGGGAGAAACUCCCACUACAAAAUUCACCUGAUGAACAAACCAAUACCUGUAAAAUUAGUUAUCCCAUCAGCAUGGGAAGAAGAGAAUGGCCAGAUGUGACAAUCUUGAAGGAGGGUGAGGAGUGUUACUCUAUGGUCAAGGCUAUCUUUCUCUCUGGAAUGAUAAGUGAUCAUGAUGUUACCAUAACCUCCAUCCGUAAGUGUUUGCACUCAAGUCCCUUUGCACUUUCUCGUUUAGAAAUGUAUAAAACACAGGAGAUGAUGACAAAAGCAGACAAUAAGGGUGUAUCCAAUAUUAAGCUUGCUUGGCAUGCAACCUCUGCUGAACUUAUACCAGAUAUCCUAUCAAGAGGUUUCAACAGACCUAAAAAGCUUUCUGGCUCUGAUUGUUAUGGGUAUGGUAUAUACCUUUCACCCCAAGGCUCAGCCUACACGAGUGCAUUGCUAUCAAAGAUGGAUCAUAAUGGUGAGAAGCAUCUUCUAAUGUGCCGUGUUAUAAUGGGAAAUGUUGAAAAGGUUCAGCAAGGAGCUAAUCAGUUCUACCCCAGUAGUAUCGAGUUCGAUACAGGUGUGGAUGAUCUUGAGAAACCUAAAUGGUAUAUAGUAUGGACCUCCAAAAUGAAUAGGCACAUUCUUCCUCAAUUUAUUGUUAGCUUUCAGUCCAAAGGUUACCCCAUAGGGCCAGGUCCAUCAAGAAGAAUAACAACUCCAACGACUCAAGAAACAUCAAAUUCAACUUUUUUGAAAUUAUUGUUCAAGUUGAAAAGCUCCCUUCCUCCCUCAAAAGUUCAAGAAUUGGAGAGCUUCCAUACUAUGUACAUGGCUGGAGAACUGACAAAUGAUUUCUUCAUGAGACAAGUAAAACUGAUCAUUGGGGAUGACACGCUGUUCAACUCUUCAUGAACUCGAAGACUUCUCAUGAGUGUUUUUUUCCUUUUUCGUUUCCCUUCUUUUUUUUUUUUUUUUUUUUUUUUUUUUUUUUUUUUUUUUGGUUUUCAUUUUUCUUUUUUUAAUAUCUAGUCUUAGUUUUUGUUUUGUGAAAGUGAAUUUCAACUUGUUAUUAAUUCAAGUACUCAAUGUGGAGGAUGAGAAAACAAGAGUUUAGUAGAUGAUCAUAGUACUUU